CUGAUAACGCCACAGGGAGGCACCGAAAAACACACGGAUUGCUCAAGCCUGGAAGUUUCACCGAGGUGGCUCAAUAGUCAACAGCCUCCUAUAUAAGAACCGCUCAGGCUCUCGUUCUCCACCAGUUGAGUUCGGAAUUGUUCAGCACAAAGCCAAACUGAAAAUGACGACUCAGAUGAGAUUGUUGUGCUUCGCUGCGGUUACCUUACUGGCUGAGGCUCAGAUGAUCCCGGACCCCUUCAUCUUUCCUCUGAAAAACUUCCGCCCCCUGCUGGACCAGCUUCGGGUUGAAACUGUCUAUCCAGAGGGUGUGGACCUGUCCACCAUGUCAGUGAGAAAAAUGACAUUCCCUGCACAAGAGUUAGACUGCAGCCAAGUGAACACUUCCAUGCCCGGACAGCAAUGUCCACUUAAGGAAAACGGGAAAAUGAUGAAUUGCAAUUUCACCCUGAGCUACAUAAACCAAGAUGCUGACAUUCAAGGCUUUCAGUUCAACUGUGAUGCUGCAAUCAAGGAGGCAACCCUGACCAGAGUGAGAAGGAGCAGGUCUGGCCGUGGAUCAGGAAAAGGGGGCCGUGGCGGAUCUAGGGGGUCCAGUGGGUCCAGAGGCUCCAAGGGACCCAGUGGGUCCAGAGGCUCCAGUGGGUCCAGAGGCUCCAAGGGAUCCAGGGGAGGUCGUUCAGGGCGUGGUUCUACCAUCGCCGGAAACGGAAACAGAAACAACGGCGGAACGCGUACAGCAUAAACUGACUAUAGCUAAACCUGCUUUAGGUCAAGGGAAAAGGUAGCAGCGCAUUGGCUUGAGCCUGUCUCACUUAUUUUCUUGAUUUGUUGCAUUUUCAAAUAGUCAAGAACUUGUUUUGUUUGUUCACUUCCUUUUUAUAGAUUUGAUUGUUCACCCAUAAAGUAUCUAUGUUUUCAUAAUAAAAAAACAAGUGCAAACUAUA